AUGAAAUUAUCAAUUCGCAGAUCCUUGCACCUUCAUAAACAUGAAUGGCAAGAACACAGUGACAACCUUUCAAUUGACAGUCUAUAAAAUGUUCAAUCAGAAAUCCUGAAUGAAGAACCCAGUCCAUUCUCGCUUCCAAUAUUUCUAAUACCAUUAGUCUACGCAACAUUUAUCCUCAUUCUUAUGAUUCAAGUGUACCAUCAAUAGCAACCAUAAAAAGAUCCAUCCAGUGCUUCUGCCACCUUGAAAACACUCCAAGAAAACCUAGCUUCAUCACCAAUACUUGAUAUUCAAAAUACCAUUCAAAUUAAUAGACUCCAUAGACAUUAUUAGAGUUGUCCAUAUGGAUUUGAAAUUACUACUAUUGGCACUUGGGAAGGAGUCAAUUCAGGUUGUCUAUGUUCAAAUGGGGAAUUAAAAGAAAGAUCAUAUUGUUUUACUCAUUUCAAAUCUGAUUGUCAGAGUGUUCCUUAUUAUAAAGGAUAACAAUUCUAAUAUUGGAAAGGAGAAAUGUUGUGUGUAGAAUUUGCAAAGAAAUGGAAAUGGGUAGGUAAUUAGGAUUGUCCAUCUAAUUACUAUAAAUGUGGUGCUGGUAUUUGCAUAUCAUCAUCUAAUUCCAAAUGUCCACUAACAGAUUUAAUUGAAACCCAAACUCAAACUGAAAAAUAGAUUAAAAUUGGGUCAAAAUAUUUCAAUAAGUACCGUAACGGUUCAACUCCAUUAAUUAAUUUUUAAAUCGUUCCUGGUGUUCAUCCUAAUUCUAUGUGUUUUAAUUCUAAAGUUUAACCAAAAUUUUAAAGUGGUAAGUAUUAUCCAUUAGCAAUUGUUCCUGAAAAGGGUUGUGACAAAUAUGGAAACACAUUUAAUUAUUCAAAAAUCAUAGAUUCAGAUUAUUAGUUAAAUGUUUAUGAUGAUAAUGACUUCACUAAUUUUUAAAGCAUACCAUACUUUUUAGAUUAUAUCGAUAGUAUUGAUACUUACACCUUAUAAUUGAUGAGUAGAAUAACUAUUAAUUCAACAAAUCCAGAAUGUAACAUUGUGGAUCCAGAUAGUAUCAAAAAGAUGAGAUUACAAGGAGAAAUUAUUAAUUCUUAUAGUAGAUAUGUAAGCAAAAUCUCCUUAAUUUUAACAACAGUUUUAUUAAUUACUUCCUUUUUGUUUUAUUUACUUAAAGAUGUAAAUUUCAUUUCAAUAGAUUUUACUAAAUUUUAACAUAUUGAAUAUUAAUUGAUAAUAACGUUUAUUUUGUGUAUGAGUAAUAUGGCAUUGGGUAUAAUUUAUUACACACAAGCUGAUGGUUUAAAAGGAAUUGAUGGCUAGAACAGAAUCUUUCAUGAAUAUCAAAAAUAUAAUUGUUUUACAGAUGAAGGGAUUACAAUUGCUGUGAAAGAAGUAAUAACAUUUGCAGAGCAUUCAUACUUAAACACAGAACCACUUGUAAAAGGAUGCUUUUAUGGAAGUAUAUUUUUCAUAAUAAUAAUAACGAUCUUAUUAUUUCUACAAUAUAAAAGAGUUUAAUAAUUCUUUAUUAAACCUUGGAAAAUAACGCAAAAUUGA